CCUGCUCUCCUCCCUCGCGGGUCCACGCCCCUCACCCCCGGCCCCACGCCUCAGCAGGCAGCUGGGAGUUGGGGGAUUUGUAAGAUUGGAUACCUCCCUGACCGGCCGGCUUCCCCGCUGCUCUGCCUCUCCCCAGUACUACGCAUACCGUGUUAAGUAAAGCAGGUGCCUAGAACUGAGACCUCCUGUGUUCCCUGAAAACCCCGGGAAGCGUCUUGCGGAGCCCUUUGGAGGGCUGGCCCUAGGAGAGGGCAUCCCAAGAGAAGGCAUCUAUGCCCCUUCUGGCCACGGGGAAACACCCCACCGCCACGGCUAUGGCAGGGAUGCCUCUGGGUCCAUUCACAAAGGCAGGCAUCUUGAAGCUGCUACUGACCUCCCUCCUCCUAUCCCAAGGUUUCAUGAAAUUUCACAAGAAAAUUGGGGAGAUUUGCAGGGUUCACCUGGAAUGCUUCAGCGAGUGCUGUGUCCAUAAUGAGAAAAUGCAGAAGCUUUGUACCAGGAGGACGCUUUUCAUGCAGUGCAAUAAAUGGAGGAAGGCCGCCAUCUUAAGGCCAUAGUUUGUGGUGAAAGCUCUGACCUCUCUGCGGUGGUAGAAGAGAUUCCUCAAUGGAUGGGACCUGCCCACGUGAAUGGAAAUUGUAGGACCCUCCCUGCCCCCCAUUGGCAAUGAUGAAUGGUGUUGACUGAGUGCUGAUCCUCACAAGGCCCAGUGAGCUAAGCAUUGUAGGUCUUAAAACCCCCAUUUUACAGAUGAGGAUAUCAAGUGAUACGCCCAGGAUCACAACGUGUAAGUUUCAGAAGCCAGGAUUUGAACCCGAAUCUCUCCUGACUUCAAGCUCAGUGUCUUUGCCAGUCCACCACCCUAUGUCAGACCCUUUCCAACCACAAAAAUACCUUCCCCUGAAGACAGCUGAGUGAGACAGGUGCGAAUCCUCCUACCACCUGAUGCUGCUUCCCACUUGGGGAGCUGAUCAUGCGCUGACAAAGGAUGUGAGGCAGUGGGGUAGUGGGUAGAAGGGCUGGCCUCGGAGUCAUGAAGAACCCUUUCAGCCACAUCCUGGCAUGUCAUUUACCUUCUCCCGCUCUAUGUAACACCCUUAGUUACAGAAAAUUGUUUUUUGUUUGUUUUGCUUUUUGGUGAGGCAACCGGCGUUAAGUGACU